AUGCCUAGAGUAUAUAAAACAAAAGAAGGUGCAAGAAAAAGAAUACCAAUCGAUAAGGAAAUCUUGGAGUUGGCUGUUAAUGAUGUUAUAGGGGGUAAGAGUCUUCGUGGUACUGCCAAAGGUUACGGAAUAGCAGUUAUGACACUGAAAAGAUAUGUCAGAAAGAAGAAAAAUGCUAUGACUGAAAAUAUUGACUACACGCCAAACUAUCGCCAUUCGCCAGUCACAAAUUUUUUCGUCAACUGA